AUGUGCAAAUGGGGAGCUGAUGAAAAAGACCAAGAAGGUAAGUGGACCAACACUGGUAAGCCAUACAAUUCUGGUACUAAUCCUGCUGAUAGUCAGGAUGCUUAUUUCUGGCAUGCUUUUGAUCUGCUUAUGGUUAUCAAAAUCACUCUAGCUGUUGUUUUUGUAUUCGCACUUCAAUACACGCCACAUAUCAAAUUCACGAUCAUACUAGUGAUGAUUCUAAGAAGUUCAGAUUCAAUGUUCUUCCAGGUCUAUACUUCACUCCUGCCUACAGUACUGAAGGUAAUCCCAAGAAUGCUGAUAGUCCUGUCACUCUCACAAAAGGUAGUUUUGCGUCUAUGGCCGCAAUCACAAUCACCCGAGCUCAAGAUCUCAAUCGCCGGUGGAACAAUCAAGAACAAAGACAAUAAUCUACAAACCAAUAGUCCACUCAAUGAGAAUGAUGUUCUAUCACUUAAUGCCAGUGGUACAUUAAGUGGUGGUGAUGUUAGCGCUAGUGGUAAUGUUAAUCUUGAAGGUACUAUAGUGGUUACAUCCAUUAAUCAGGCUAUUGGCUCUCCACUCACCUUCGGUGGUGGUCCUAAAAAAGAAACCGCUAACGCUACCUUUUAUCAUGCUUUUGAUCUCCUUAUAGUCAUUAAAAUAUCUCUUGCCUCAAUCUUUAUUUACUCACUGCAUUACGGAGAAUCACAUAUAGUGGAUAUCACCAAAAUCAUCAUAACUGGUAUUACUGAUAUUCUGAAGAGUCCUAAUCCUGAGAAGGCUACUGAGGCUCCUAUUACUGGUAAUGUUACUAUUAACUAUGGUACUGUUACUCACUAUAGUGGUAGUCAGGCCAGAAUUGAUCCUGAUACUACUAAGAAUGCUACUAUUGGUACUGCCACUACGGCCACUAUUACUCCUGCUACUGAUGGUAAGACUGCUACUCUUGAGAUCACGAUUGAUAUUACUAAAAUUACUAGUCCUAAUGCUGAUGCUCUUGCUGCUCUUGCUGAUCUUGCUAUUCCUAUUGGACCUUGUAAAGUUAACGUGAAGAGUGAUAAGAUUACUAUUAAAAUUACUUUUGACGAGAAGGAUGCUUAUGCUUCUAAGAAGUGGAUUGAUAUUGAGAUAACUGGUGCUCUUACUAAUCUUGCUACGGCUCUUAAUCUUAAUGGUACUACUACUGAUAAGGCUACUGUUAGGGUGGAUCCUGCUCCUAAUCAUCUUACUAUCACAUAUAACACUACUGGUUUUUCUGUUACAAAGGAUGCUGCUCUUAAAAUUCCUGAGGCUAUGGAGGGUCAGGGUAUGACUGCUGUUACCAAGGCUACUGCUCAGAAAAUUGUUGAGCAACUUAAGAAAACGGCUCCUCCUGGUACUGAUGCCAAAAAUUAUUAUUCUGUUACUGAUCCUAAAACUAAAAUCCGUUACUCUUUUACACUCAAUAAGGAUCAGGCUGAGAAGCUUAAUGAUGGUGCCGAUGCCAAAAUUAUUGUUCAAUAUGACCAUAUAUUUGCUGAAAAGUUUGAUACCAGUUCAGCAUUCUCAGAGAUAUUGAGAGAACCGCCAGUGAUUGUUGCCCUUCUUAACAAAGGAGAUUUAGGUGAUGAUGCCAGAAACUAUUCACCCAAAACCAAUUUCGUAUGGCAUGGAAAUGAAAAAACUGGUCUCCAAGGAUGGCUACCAUACCCAGCCACACAUGUAAAAGACGAAGAACAAUCAAAACAACAAGGAAAAGAAGUAUGCAACGAAUCUAAAGAAAACACACCUUAUAAUCUUGUUCAUGCUUGGAUAUGGCAUUUCUUUGAAUAUCAUGGUUCCUAUUAUGAUCUCCCUGGCAGCAAUUAUAUUCAUAUAUUCACUCCAUUAUAUAGAAUCACAUAG